AUGGUGCGCGAGGGCCAAGUCCUGGAGGCCGUCGUGGUGGCGCCCAUCGCCACUGCCCGUCGCCACAGCCGUCGCGGGCACAUCUUGCCAAAGCCGACCACCCUCGCUACCUUCACCGUGGUCAGCAUUCAGCGCUUUGACAAGCCCAGAUCCAGCGCCGCGGCGGGCGAGAAGUCGAAGUGGGCGACACCGCGCCUGCGUGGUGGCAUGGUGCUGGCUGCUGCCGAAGCCGGUGAGAGUGCCCUGACGGCCCGCGUGGAGUCGUUUACGGUCCGUCUGGACCACUCGGUCCCAGUCAGGUUGCGUUGCGGCUCCGAACCCUACCUGAUCAUCCACUCGGCCGCACGUCCCUAUCGGGUGGAGAAGGUCUUGAAGUGCUGGGACAAGGACGGACAAGAAGUGGAGGUAAGCAAGGCGGAGAUUGUGGUGCCAAAGGGCACGAGCACGCUCGUGCAGGUCAAACCUAUC